AUGGAGCAAACAUCCAAUGGAUAUACUAGUAGGAGACCAAUGGAAAAUGGGCAUAAGGUAUCAUCAUCGUUACCUUGGCUUGAUUUGAAAGUAUUCUAUGUUCGAGUUAGCAAGUGUGAGAUCGACGAUUCGAAAACACCAGAAUACCUCAUUGUAAACCACAUUCCAUUAUCUCCCAAUGCCCUUCUCGAAGUCAAUGGUGUUAGAACACUCAUAGACUCCGAUGGAGCAUCCACCCUCCUUCGAAGAGACCGGCUGGAUAAGAAAUCCGAGGAAGCUACAUUCGUGAGCACCGACAGUGUGAGGACGACAGGUAGUAUGAAGUUCAAUGUUUUCAAUAACCAUACUCUGAUACUGCACGGGGAGCUGGACUUGAGAAACCAUUCUCAGCAGAGAUGGAGCAUGAAGUGCGAGUCAGAUGUUAUAGCUGCUGGCAGCAGCAGCAGCACCGGCUUCCUGAAACCGAUACAAUUUAUGGGUUCGGAAUCAGCAAGUUCGCCUAGGAUCGAGGUCUAUGUUGCGGGCUCAUUCUUGGGGAAUCCGAUUAUCUUAACCAAGGCUUUGCAUCUCAACAUUCAUACAAACAGAACGAGGAAAGGAGCAUUCAUGAAUUCUAUACCUGAACAUGAUGAGAUUGCUGGGAAUCUCAUGGAGAAUGGCCCAUCCAACAGGCUUCCUUUACAGUCAGCAGAAUCCCCAUAUGUACAGAAGCCCGAAAAUGAAGAAGGGUACAACGAUGGCUAUCGGAGGAUGGAUUACUACUACAUGGAAGAAGAUGAAGAUGGGGAGCUCUCGUGGUUCAAUGCUGGUGUUCGAGUUGGUGUUGGGAUUGGAUUGAGCGUUUGCCUUGGUAUCGGUAUAGGUGUAGGGUUGCUAGUUAGAACAUACCAAGGCACAACUGGUAACUUCAGGAGGAGGCUAUUCUGA